GUACGGGUCAGAUCAUUGUCACAACGCCAGACCGUUCUUGGCUCACUGAUAAUCCGUGCUCGGUUCCAGUGGUUCUUGAUAGGCUGACCGCAUCUGAGUCAAUGCAAUUGUUAUCACAACUAAGUGGCGAUAUCCCGCAGGAUCUUGCUCAAUUUGUAUCAGAAAAAUUGAAACUACAACCGCCUCUUCUUGUAUCGGCAGCAAAACGCGUAGACCUUUUGUCGAAAAGAAAGAGGAAACCAGUUGGCGAAACAUGGACGGAAGUACUGGAGAAUAUAAAAAGUCGUUACAAGGAAGAAGAAUGGCCGUAUUAUAUUUCAGCGUUGGAUGAAAAAACUCGCACUUCACUGGAGUCUGUUGCUCUGACGGUUAUCGGUCGAAGCCUUGUCAUCGAAGAGUGUUUCCAUUUACUAGUGUUGGCAAAAGGAUCUUAUUUGCCUCUUCAGUUUGUCACUCGAUUUCUUGCAAGUAGCUUGAACCUUACAGAUAAAGAAGUUGAACAGACACUCCGAAAUUCACCACUUCUUCACGUACAUCCUAACGAUAACAUUGCCAUCAGUGGUGUUAUUUACAAAAUACUAUGUGAUAUGUUAGCUUCAGCUGUAAGAACAGAACGCAUGAUCCGCCGUUUGAGAGGUCUAUGCAAAUUUUGUGUUUCAAACACACAUGAUUCCGCUAUUGGGAAAGUAUUCAAACUUUUGUCUUCAAAGAUCAUGCAGUAUUUAGCAUUGCUGGAUCUCUGCUUUCCAGAAUGCGAGGAACAGAGAAGCCUUCACUAUGAUUUAGGAAAGGUUUUCCUCUGUGUUCUGGUUGACUAUAGCUCGGCUGUUCGUUGUUUCACAAAAGCAAUUUCGAUAUUUGAAGGAUCAAACGAUAUUUCUCAUCCGGAAUAUGCGCAGCUGUUGGCCAGUUUGGGAAAUGUUCUACGAUUAACUGGAAGCAUGGAAGAUGCUUGUAAGUACCUGAGCAAAUCAUUGAAGAUCUUGAAAGUAGUUUUGCAAGGAAACGUCACAGAGGAUGUCGCAAGUUGUUUGAGCAGUUUAGGCCUAGUGUGUCUCUCGCAAGGUAACACGGAUCGAGCCAAAGAGUUGCACUAUCGCGCUUUGGACAUUCGUGAACAAAUCCAUGGCAACGACCAUAUUACGACAGCAACCAGUCUUAACAACAUCGGCGGAGUGUACCAUGAGUGUGGCGAUUUGGCAACAGCGAAAGAUUUCUACUGGAAAGCACUUGAGAUAAAAGGUCGAAACUACGGUUGGGAUUUUCCUCACGUUGCCAACAGCUUUAACAAUAUUGCCGAGAUUUCACACGAGCAGGGUGACCUGUGUGGUGCGAUAUCCAUCCACAAACGCGCAUUGAAGAUUCGUCAGCGUCUCUAUGGUGACGAACACCCGGAUGUUGCUAAUAGUCUGAAUAACAUUGGGAUUAUACAUCAUCAGUUGGGGGAGCUGUCCGCAGCAAGGAAUUAUCAUAACAAAGCAUUGAAUAUUCGAAAGCGUGUCUAUGGCAAGGAGCAUCCAGAGGUAGCAUGCUCUUUGAACCGUUUGGGCGAAGUUUACUACGAUGAAGGUGACUUGGCAGCCGCAGAGGAUUGUCAUACCCAGUCCCUUCGCAUUCGACAGCACCAUUCAGUGACGUCAUGUCAUCGUGAAGUUAUUUCAACCUUGCAUAAUCUGAUGAUGGUAUACAUCGCGGAUCAAAAGAUUUCCAAAGCAACGGAAUAUGCUUACGACGUGUUCAAAGUUUGUGAAAAGAUACACGGUAUGCGAGAUCCUAGGACGGUGAAAGCUUUUAGGAAAUUGACGGAGCUUUCCAAACGACAGUCUCAUGGACAGGGAUUUGAUUUAUCUGCAGCUGUGCACGAGCAGGUUGAAAGAUUGUCGUCUCUGUAACAGUACAACGACUUUUCACGAAAUUUCCUGUUCCGACGGCUGUAAUUCAACACUAUUUUGUGGGGAUUGCUUUGCAGUCAGUUGAACAAUGCUACAGUCAAUAUGAAUUAGAAAAUAAGAGAAACGAAAAUGGAUGAUUUUAGAUAGUUGAGGGAAAAUGGUAAUGUGGUUCAGAGAUGCAUUUGCAAAACGAAAUACUGAAAAUUGGGGAUAACGUAUCCUAAAUGCGAAUUCAAUUCACUUCUGACGUAUGGAAUGUAGUAUGUUAUUGAUAAAGCAGUACUGCAUUGGCUUCAGUGUAUUUGCUUCUCAUAAACAUCAUAAGGCGACAGACUAUAAAACAUCCAUUAGAAGUGAAUUGGAUCCAAUAUAAUUGGAUGGUGUGAAUAGACCUUAAUAUUACUAAAAACUAAUUAGAUUUGUGACGACAGUUUAUCACGAAAUAUUUUUGGACUUUUUUACCUUCUGACCAUGAUUAUCAACUCUAAGCUUACGUUUAAGCCCGUUUUCCACAAGGUAAGCGAGAAGAGGCGGAAAGACUAAUAAAAUUCGGCUAGGCGUUAACGAAAAGUAUAAUAGACCUUUUUCAUAAUGACGUCAAACGCGGAAAGUGUGAUGCUACACCAAUCUUGAUUUGUUCGAUAGUUUUGUGGAGCCAAUCAAAUUUCGUGUAACAUCAGACUUUCCGCGUUUGACGUCAUUAUAAGAAAGGUCUAUUGCUGGAAUCAUUUUUUGCUAGUGAGUCACUUUGCUGAAUAUACUUUCGCAAGUCGACCUAUAACUCGACCUGGUGAAAAGCGCGGACUUUGAGGUUGUGAUUGCAAAUAGUUUUAAUGAUGUGAUGAUGCUUCUAAAUUGCAGUUUAGAUCUGUUUAUGGAGAUAACCUUGUUCUUUUUAUUAGUUUGUGUUAAUAACGAAUGUUGAAGUUAGUGAUGUCAUGUAUAAAGGCGGCGAGUGCUGCACUAUGCAACUUUUUUUGCAAUCUUGCAACUGAAAAUGCAUUUCUACUCCUGAGGCAUAACAACUAAACGAACAUUCUUACGAACUUCUAACGUUUUCAUAGCACUUCGUAGACACUUUACAAAUUAUCAUCCCUCAAAAUUAUUGCAUUAUUGCAUUGCAAUUUGCAGGAAAAUUUGCUUAUUGUUUGAUC